GUGAAAGUUACAGAUUGCUAGCUAGCUAGAGGCUCAACACAACAAGCAUUUGUGAAACGAAAAGCCCGCGUUAUAAAUGCUGGUUGUAAGGACUCUGUGUGUGUGUUCUAUGUGUUUUAGACACUCUCCGCCUUAACUGUAAAAAUAACGUAGCGCUUACAAGCUAACUUAUGUUAGCAUUAGCUCGCCUUCAAGUCCCAUGUCAGCUAACCUGUCAGCAGCACGAGAUGUGGACAUGUUUACGUCAAGCCUUUCAGCAGAACAGCAGAGACAGCUGACCAAAGGACUCACCACUUUCCUGUCCCAGUACAGCCACGUGUCUGACUCCUACAUAAUCGAGUUCUUCACUGAAGACCUCUGGCACACAUUACCCAGCACCUGGCUGCCUGUGCUGCAGGACCUGUCUUAUCCUCAGAUUGCAGACCUGUUACUGGAUGCUAAACAUGGAGACAGAAGACUUUGUCAUCACAGGUAUCCUUCGGUUUGGCCUCUGUCACUCUUGGCGUUUCGUGCCACGGCUCACGCUCUGGCGUUUCCCAGAGACCGCAGGCCGGAGCGAGGCCGGGCAGCCGGCUCGGGGAAGCCCGACGAGUUCCUGGAAAACCAGAGCCAGAGCUCACUGCUGGGACACAUAUUCAGGAAACACGUCAAACCCAAGAAACAGCACGAGAUCCGCAAGCUGGGCACGCUGGUAAAACAACUGUGUGACCAGACUGACUGCAGCAGAGUGGUGGACGUGGGCUCCGGACAGGGUCAUCUGACUCGUUUCCUGUCCUUCGGGCUCGGCCUGUCUGUGACCGCAAUUGAGGCUGAUCACACCCUGGUUGCUAUGGCGUCCAAGUUUGACGGACAGUUGCUGUGGGCCCUAGAGAAGGAAAAGCAGAAAAAGAAGAGCUCCUCCUCUCUGGGUCCGGUAUCACAGUUCGCUCCUCGCCAUGUGGCUGGUUGGGUAAACCCCAAGGCACCAUGGGAGGCCUUCAUAAAGCAGCUGAUGGCUGCAGAUUGUCAACUCUCUGAGGGUCCCCCGACUCCAUCUGGACCCAGCAAAAAGAGACUGCGGGGCUCUGCGCAUCAGGAUUGUUCAUCAUCUCGUGGUUCCACAGACUCUGAUCCUCUCUCACAGGACUCUGAGUUAAACCAGAACGAGUCUGAAGGGGAGUCACGUGACUCCUGCUGCUCCCGUGUCCAGCCUGUCUGUCAGGAGGGGGUCCGUCCUGAGGAGACCAGCCAACGAGGCUGUCCAGACUUUGUCCUGACUGGUCUCCACGCCUGCGGGGACCUCAGCGCCACCCUCCUCCGCCACUUUGUCAACUGCCCACAUGUACGCGGCAUCACCUCUGUGGCGUGCUGCUACAUGAAAAUCACCACCAAAGAAAAUCCCACCCCUCCAGGACUGGUGGAGCGCCCCGCCCCUCCGACGCCAGGCCAGGAAUCGCUUCCCUCACAGUUCGGGUACCCCAUGAGCUCCUGGGUGCGGGGGUUGCCGGGACAUCAGCUGUCCUACAAGGCACGGGAGGGGGCGUGUCACGCUGUCGAGGACUAUGUGCGGAGGCUUCGGGAGGAAAGCGAGCUGCUGAGGACACACUGUUACCGGGCGAUGCUGGAGACCUUCAUCAGGGACACGAGACCGGAUCUGCGCAGGGCAGGAAUCCAGACCAUAAAGAAGGCCCACUUACUGCCUUUUACAGAGUAUGCUCGUCUGGGUCUGGCUCGGGUCGGCCUGCCUCCCGGGUUGCCUCUGGACCCGGAGCGGGUGGAGUCCAUGUUGAGGCAGCAGGGCAGGGUGGUGGUGUACUUCAGCUUGGCCCUGCUGUUGGCUCCCGCGGUGGAGACGCUGGUGCUGCUGGACAGGAUGAUCUACCUGCAGGAGAACGGUGUGGACAGUCGGCUCGUUCCUCUCUUCGACCCGAACUUCUCGCCAAGGAACUUUGUGCUGGUGGCUCUGAAGGCUCGCGGAUAGGGAGGAGGAGUACACUCGUCACUCUGCUGGAAAAAGUCUAUGAAAGUCUAGUUCUGUUUUACACAAGGAACCCAAAGUCUUAAGGUUAUUUUGAUUUUAGCUUCAGUUUUUAGAGAUCUUAAGUCAUGAAUUUUAAGGGAAGAGUCUUUUGCUGGACACAUUUUUGCUGGACGCUGGAGACACGUCCGUCCUGCAGCUUCACUGUGACACAGAAACAUGCAGGAAAUCUAAACAUGGACUCUCAGUCCUGCUUCCAGAACACAGCGAAUCCAUACAGCAGCUUUUAUCAUCAGCUUCCUCUGACAUCAUGCACCAGCUGUCACUCAGUGUCUUCAUGUCACCACGGACGCAGUUUAAUUGCAUGGUCUGGUUUCUGUGCAUCAUACAGUAUGGGUUUGUGGUUUUGCAUGUUUUUUUGUAUUUUAUUUAAACUCUUUUUGCAACGCACCACGUGGCUCUCGUGUUCUGAGCUUUACAGCAUCUGUAACUCAAAGUAAUAAAGAAAACCAUUUUUAUUUUA